CGACAGCUGUCAGUGGUUUUUGUGUACAGUGUGUAUUUAGCGGGAGUUGAUGAGUCCAGAAUAGAAAUAAUACAAAAAAUUCCCAAAGUAAAAUGAACGAGACGUUAAAGGGUGCUUGUUUCGAUGAAAUUACCCAUUUGAUUUGUGAUGCCGAUAAAAAGGUUAACAUCUCCGAUGUAUCCAACAACUGGAACAUAUCGCACAGAGACAGUGAGACCGUUUUACUGGAAUGGAUCGAAAAGAAUCGAAAUCAAACGUUGAACAAAGAGUUUUUGAUUCGUGGUGUGGACAAUAGCGGAAACUGUGUCAUUACGGUUUUACCCGAAGAUAAAUUGGAUUUCGUCCAAAAAAAGUUUGAGAAAUCCUGCUAUUCCCUGUACAGCAUCGAAUUGGCUAGCAAAUCGAAUGUGAAACGUCUGAAUGUCGCCAAGCCGAAUGAAUGCAAAUGGAUUAAUCUGCCAGCUAAACAUGUUGAACGUGAUAUUGUUGAUAAGUCACCACCUCCCAUUCAAUCCGUAAAAGAUGAUGAACAACCAGCCACUUCAAAGAAGGGCAUUAAAUCAAUGUUCUCGGCCAGUGAAACAGUUAAGAAAGUGGAAGUGAAACCAGAACCUCAAAAUGUUGAUAUUAAAACGGAAAAGGAAACACCGAAAAAACAGUCACCCAAAAAGAAAGAGCCCAUCAAAACUCCGAAAAUGGCAUCUGGCAAGUCAUCGAUUUCCUCAUUUUUCUCAAAGUCUUCAUCUGCUGGUGCACAGCCUAAGAAGGAAGCAUUGCCUAAGCCGGUGAAAAAGGAAGAAUCGUCCAACAUGUUCGAUGAUCACUCUUCGAUGGAGGUUGACGAAGUUCCUACGGUCGAGAAAGUGGAAAAAGAAGAGAAAAAACCAGUCAGUGCAAAGACUAACAAGAAGCGAUCGAUCGUUGAUGUGGAUGAUGGCGAUAGUGACGAGAUACCGGGAACUCCACAGGACACGAAGAAACUCAAAAAAAUCACAAAGAAAAUUUCGGAAAAGUCUAAGCUCAGCCGCAUCGUUAAAAUGGAAGAUUCUAGCGAUGACGAUGAUAAUCAGGAAGAGCAAAGGAAACUGCUGGCUUCUCCGGUCAAAGAAAAGGAAAACAAAACUCCACCCAAAAACGAAAAAGCUGCAGUAGAGAAAGGGAAACGACGAAAAGCCAAAAAAACCGUUUCGCGUACAUUCAAAGAUGAAGAAGGAUAUUUAGUGACAAAAAAUGAAAUCGUAGAGUAUUCCUGUUCCGAAGACGAAACUGAAGUGGUUGCUGCCGAGCCAGUCCAAGCAGCCAAAGAAGUUCAACCAGCUGAAGUAUCUGAAAAGACUACAAAGAAGAAGAAAACUUCCCCGCCGAAUGCCAAUUCCAAGCAAGGUUCUAUUUUAAGUUUUUUCAGCAAAAAAUAAAUAUUUAAAAAUGGUAAGAAUAGCCUGAAUACACAUCCGAUGUUGUUAUAUUAUAAAUAAAAAUCAGUUAAUACGUUGAAUGAA